CGGCGGCCGGCCCAGGACGGCGCGCCCCCGGGGGGCCCCUGCGUGGUGCUGAGCACCAACAGCCCCGCCGCGCUCAAGGUGGGCAAGCAGCAGCUCAUUCCCAGGAGCCUGGCCUCCGAGGUCCGAGCCAGCAAGGCCCCCCUGCAGAACGGGGAGCCCCACAGGAGACUCCUCAAGGUGCGCAGCAUGGUGGAGGGGCUGCGGGCGCAGGACGCGCGGGACGAGGCCGAGCCCGAGCACGACGCCGGCAGCCCGGGCUCCCUGCGCAGGGGCCUGCGCUCCACGUCCUACCGCCGCGCCGUGGUCAGCGGCCUGGACUUGGACAGCCCCACCACGUCCAAGAAGAAGAACAGGAUGUCCCAGCCCGUGCUCAGAGCGGUGAUGGAAGACAAGGAGAGGUUUUCCAGCCUGGGAAGGAUAAAGAAAAAAAUGCUGAAAGGACAAGGAACAUUUGAUGGGGAAGAAAAUGCUGUCCUAUAUCAGAACUACAAAGAAAAGGCUCUUGACAUUGACUCUGAUGAAGAGUCAGAGCCCAAAGAGCAGAAGUCAGAUGAAAAAAUUGUGAUUCACCACAAGCCACUGAGGUCCACAUGGAGCCAGCUCUCUGCGGUAAGUGUUUACCUUUUUCUUUCCAAUCU